UUUUCGCCUGAUUCCAGCGAGUCACGGCCCACCGUUGACACGCUUCUUUUCUGUUCUUUACAAGUUCCCUCUUUCUUCCGCUGCCGCCUCGGCCGCCAGAAAACCCUAAUCUCUGCCGCCGUCCUCCGAUCCACGCGAUGGUCCGCGCAUACAAGCACGAGCACAUCUACCGGCACCCCUGGGACCGUGUGACGACGGCGGCGUGGCGCAAGUUCACGGAUCCGGACACUCCCAACUUCCUCUCCCACGUCGUCGACGUUCACACGCUUCAACGCCGCCUCGACCCCGCCGCCGGUCGCCUCCAAGCCACCCGCUCGAUUACCGUGCGCUCGCCGCCGCUACCCUUCAUACUCCGCCGGAUUCUCGGUCAGGAGGCCGUUGUGUGCCACUGCGUCGAGACCACCGUGGUGGACGCGCGCGAUCGGUCCAUGGAGAUCGUGAUCCGCAACGCCAGCCUACGUGGCCUGAUCGAGGUGGAGGAGCGGUCCACCUACCGGCCGCAUCCCGAGCGACCGGAGGGGUGGACCGCCUUCCAGCAGGAGACCAGGAUCCGCUGCAAGCCGCUCUCGGCGCUUGCGGCCGUGGCUGAGAAGGUGGAGCACCGUUGUGCCGAGAGGUUCAUGCAGAACAGCGCCAAGGGGAGGGAGUUCGUCGAGCGGAUCUGCAAGUACCUUGAGGCCGACGCCGCUGCCUCCAAAAUUUCUUGCUGAUCGCCAAAAGGUUAGGAUUUUUCCUCUUCCCGACGUCAAAUUGGGACUCAUAGAAUAAGAUCGUGCCGUUGUUGUUCUUGUCUCUGUGAUAAUCUUUUCCUGGGCUGUAUCGUCUUUGACAAUUGUUUACCGUCAAUGAUUUGGCUGAUCGACCAUGUUCUUGCU